AAUUCUUUAAUUCCUUUGCACUUUUUAGAGCUUGAUUGAUUGCAUAUGUAUGUAUAUAUAAGCACAUUCUCUUCCCUUCUCCUUUCUGCAGCCCUUUCCUUUUCUUUCAAGCUCUUCUCUUUCUUUAAUGGCUAAUAAUCAGGAAGAGGGUAUUAAGCUCUUUGGAACGACAAUUACGUUGCAUGGUAAGCAAGAAGUUAAAGAAGACCAAAACAAAGAAAAUUCAACGCCUGAAAAGAUUAUACCAUGCCCCAGAUGCAAGAGCAUGGAGACUAAAUUUUGUUACUUUAACAACUAUAAUGUUAAUCAGCCUAGACACUUCUGCAAGGGCUGCCAAAGAUACUGGACGGCAGGUGGGGCUCUUCGUAAUGUUCCUGUUGGUGCCGGUCGCCGUAAAACCAAGCUACCUGGACGCCCAGAUGGAUGCUUGUAUGAUGGCUCUAGUGGAGUGGAUCCAUUUGAGCUUGAUGGCAGGGUGAUCGUUGAGGAAUGGCAGGUUGCAUCCCAUGGUGGUUUCCGGCAUGUUUUCCCCGUGAAGCGGAGGCGGAGCAACACAGGUUGUGCAAUUUCAACAUGAAGCUCAGUGAUUACGAUCAUAUUUUGGUGUUGAGAGAUGUAUAUUUUAAUGGCUGACCAUAAAAUAUGAGUAGGUGAUCCAGAUCAAUCUCAUCAUCAUCGAGAGGCUAUGAUCCAAUUCAAUCAAAUUUGAUGCUUUGGAGAGUCACAAGAUCGAUCAGAUGCGGGCAUGCAGUUGAUCUUGAUCAGUGUCGAUCGAGCUGAUUGGUCAGAAUUUUACAUCUAUAAGACGGCCAUGAAACUUUCAUUGCAAGGGAUGAAAGAAGCAAAAGACCCAUAAUCAGAAGCUAUUGUUACUGUGCAUAUAUCAAUUAUAUGUCAAAAGCAAUAUGAUGUUCUUGGGCCAUGAUCAUGAUCUAAUUUAAAAAGGUCAAAAUUCAAUUAUGCACCAAAGGUUGAUUAUAUAUAAAAGAUAUCAUAUCCCUUUCACAAA